AUGGACUCCACCAAGACUGAUCAACCUGAGGAACCCGAGGAACCCAUCAAAGCAGAAGGUUCCUCAACUAGCAAGGCUCGUGAUACCAAACCUUUCCGCGCCAAGAAAAAGGCAUUGGGCGGCGGAGCUUGCUCUACCUCGUGGGUCUCCCCGCAAGCCGAGAAGAAAGCCUACCUCGACCGUCUCCGAACCAACGCCUCGCAUAUGGGACUCCUGAGUUCGCCAUUUUUCCCCUCCAACCUGUCCGAACUUUUGGAGCAUGAGGUAGCAUGGUCAACCACGAGAGCGGUAGAUAUGACAGAGAAAUUGAUGAAGAAGAUUGCAAUGAGCCAGAAGGAAACUGCCACGGAGGUGAACAUCGAGCAUUCAGAUAAUAAAGACGAUGUUGCUAGAUUUGGUUAUUCGACAAAGGCAAAGGCAAAGGGAAAGGAGAAAGUUAGAGCAAUCAAUACUGAGGAUAUGGGAGAGAGAGAGAUGUUUCCUACAAUACACGAGGAGACCAAGAUCUGGAAGCCGAAUUAUGUGCUCUUGCCUGAGAAGAGGGAUGAUUCAUCGGUUUUGGAAGCCAACAUCAGGUCAUCAUGGCCAGAUCCGAGCGAGCUGAGGACUGAGGGCGAACAUCGACUCAUCAACUUCGGAAAUAGACGCCUUCCACUUCCACGACUUGAUCGGUAUUCGAAGGAGGCGGUUAUUGCCAAGGUUGCGAAUGGUGCUACGGUUAAGGAGUUGGUUCAGGUCAAAGGGGAUGAUAUUGCGUGGUAUGAAAGGGAUCUGGUCACCUUUGAGGGAUUGGAUAAGCAUCCGUGCAUGGAGCGUGAGAGGGACUCACUGGAUAAAAUGUCGUCUAACAAGGGCGCCAUUGCUCCUUUCCGUCCUCCUCGUGGCCCUAGAAACCCUGGUCCUAGAAAUCCUAUUACAGGUCGUCGAGUAUGGUCCAGAGCUGGUGGAAAAGCUAACUAUCGGCCUCAAAAUCGACCUCCGCCUGUUGCAGAUAAUUUGUGA